CAACCCUAGAGUCCCUAAUCCUUCAUUUCACUAUUACCUAGCAAUAUGGCUUACAACAAGCUCUCUGCAGCCAUUUUUGUCAUCAAUCUCUUCUUCUUCUUCUCCACAUUCUCAGACGCUUGUGAUCCCUGCAAGCACAAGCCGAAGCCAGCUCCAGCUCCAGCUCCCGCUCCACUGGCUGCUUCUUGUCCUAAAGACACAUUGAAACUAGGAGUGUGCGCGGAGCUACUCGGUGCUGUUAAUGUUGUUGUUGGAACACCAGCUAGUAGCAAGUGUUGUGCUUUGAUUCAAGGGUUGGCUGAUUUGGAAGCUGCUUUGUGUCUUUGCACUGCGAUUAAGGCUAAUGUGCUUGGGAUUAACUUGAACGUGCCGGUUUCACUCAGUGCAAUCGUUAGCGCUUGCGGAAAAACUGUUCCUCCAGGCUUCCAAUGCAAAUAAGAACCUAGAUCUACUUAUGUUGCUUGUUCUUUGUUAACAAUUGUUCUUUUGUUUCUCUUGUUUUAUUUUGUCUGAUAUUUUUUUUUUCAUAUGUGAUGUGUAUGUUCGAAUAAUUAGGUAACUUCAAGGUUGCCUUGUGUCGUAUCUUAUGUAAUGUAUAUUGUUUUGAUGCAUUUUCUUUUGAAAUUUGAAAUGCCUUGUAAA